UCAAUGUAAAAGUUCUAUUUCAUCAUUUCAACAUUAAAUAUCAGUUUGAAAAAAAAAGAACCGCACGUAAUUCAUCAAUUGGAAGUAAUAAGCGGUACUAGUUAUCCAUUUACUUUUUCAAAAUGAGUCUUGAUAGUGAAACAGAUGAUACUACUGAACAAAGAAGAAUCGGUCUAAAAGCAUAUAUAGCAGCAAUCUAUGGGCACCAUGAAAUAUUGGACAAACUACUAGAUGAAUUCGAUGUAACGUUGUAUUCAGAUGAAUUAACUGGAAUGAUGCCUAUACAUGCAGCUGCAGCUUGGGGAAAUCCAAAAUGUUUAGAGGUGCUUAUCCGACAUGGCUGCAAUGUGAAUCAGAUGGAUUCAAUGAAUUGUUCACCUGUUCACCAUGCGGCAAGAAAUGGACAUAGCGACACGGUCGAAUGGCUUAUCAAGAAUGGGGCAAAUCUUCUGGAAUUAAAUCUUUUUGGUCAGAAACCAGCAGAUUUAGCUUUAGCUAAUCAUUUCCCUGAUUUGGCAGAUGUGAUUCGUAGAGAAGCUAAAAAACAAAUAAAAAAUUUGGAAUCAAAAACCUUACAUCCAGGAGAUUCAAUUGAAUUAGCAUAAAAAGAAGAAUAAAACUGAAGAGAGUGAAUUCGUCUAAUAACUUAAUAAAAUCUCUCGAAGAAUUUUGAUGUUCAAUAUUUAUAUAUAUAUACUAUUAUUCGCUAAAUAGAACACGUUUUGUUCCACUGCACGAAUGUUAACUAUGUGUGAUUAUAGAAAAAGAGUGCUUUCU